AUGGAUGAAGAAGUUCAUGAAUCUCCAAACUCAUUUGAUCCUGAAUAUUUUGCUUUUGGAACUGACUUGGUGUCGUCUGCUAUUGACCUGUUGGAUUUUUUAGCAGAAGCAGACAAAUUACCAUCUUUAUUGAAUGAAUCUGUGAUACGAGGUGCCAUUUAUAGGUAUGAGAGCCUAUGGCUUCCUUUCGCUGCAAAAUUUAAUGACGGCCUGGAAUUAGUUGCACCCGUUGAUAUUGAAUGGGUUUGGCUCUGUCAUUUAUUAAGUCCUGUCACUUAUGCCAAAGAUUGUCUCGCAAUUUGUGGAAAAAUCAUAGAUCAUAAAUUGCGAAGUAAACAAGAACGUGCAGAUGGACUGGAAGAGACCCAGCAUUUAUGGGAUCAAGAAUAUCCUAAUGAUAAAUUUGUGAUAUCUUUGGAUGCCGUGAUCGAUAUUCCAGAGAUCUACUACUCCAAAAUCAGCUAUGAUAUCGUGGCUGCCAGUCUACGUCAGAGAGAAUUCUAUUAUCAAGUCUCUUUGCCCCAUUAUAAAGACUUGAAGUUCAUAUCUCACAGUGUGUUACGUUAUAAAAAAUUCCUGUAUUUGAAGAAAUGUUAUCCAGGCAUGUUUAUUGUUCCUUGUUACGAUAUAGAUUUAAUCUGGCAUUCGCAUCAACUUCAUCCCCUUAUUUAUCAGUUUGAUACUGAAUGUUUCAUUGGACAGUUAUUUAACCAUGAUGAUUCCGUCAAUGAUAGAUCGGCUGGUUCCAGACUCAACCGUGCAGAGUUUGCUACCAGAAAUUUGUGGAAAAAAAUCUUUGCAGAGAAAUUCUCUCUGUUUGGUGCAAUGUAUCGUGGUAAAUUGCCUCGUGGAAAAUUAUACCGACCAACAGUUGAAGAGACAUAUCAUGUGUCCACCAAGAAAUCCAAAGUUGUAUUAGAGUCUGUGGAACUUUCUGGUCUUCCCUAUGACACCAAGAAUUAUAAAUUAAAGAUCUGGUAUAAAACCGGUUACCAGAACUUUAAUAAAUCCCUAUAUGUGUCUGAUGUUAUAGCCAGAAUGAAGGGCUCUUAUGAUAAACUAGAGUGUGAACAGCGUGUAAUGAAAAAUUUCAGUUUUGACACCAAAUAUAAUAACCAUAUACAUUUUGAACUUUCUCGACAGGAGGGCAUGUUUUGCUUCUCUGCCCAUGAACCGUAUGAAGAAGGCCACUGGAGCCUUUUAAAAGUUAUGCAAUCUGCCAAAAGGGGACCAAUCAAAACUUCUAUGGAUGUUUCAUUAGGAGAGGAAGUUUGUGCUAGAGUGAAAGUGAGCAUGUCUUCACCUGAUCCAGGACCAUGUACUUUAAGGUUAAAUUGUGGGGAGUAUCAGGACUGUAUUAUGCCAGAAACAGUGGAACAGUUAUGGGGACCUAUACCAUUGCCACGGUUACCACCUGGUUUAGAUAAUAAUUGUUCUGUGGCUUCACAUAGGUUAUUAAACCAUGCAGGUGAAGUAGCAUACACUUGUCGUAUCAUACAUAGUCUUCCAUUAUUAAUGUCUGCUAUACAUGUCUUCUACCGAGACAAGAUGGCUGCUGUAGCUCAUCUCAUAGCAUCAGAUCAACUACCUUUACCACAAAUGGUUGAUAAUGCUGAAAAAUGUAUAACAUUGAAUCCAAAGAUAGGAGAGCGGGCUCUUCUGAUAAAGAAUCACCAUGGUGAUUGGGGUGUUAUCAUUGGUAGAUGGGCUGGUGUAAGGAAAGGAAUAAAACCCAUCAGACCAACAAAAAAUAGUCCUGGACGACGCGGCAUACCACCAAGUCCUGGUUAUCUUGACAUAAGUUUUUAUAAGAUAUCCAGUAAAAGAUGGAUAGAGUUAUCCCUACAAGAUGCCUAUACGUCUGGUAACUUCAAGUUCAAGUUAGACUCAUCUAUAAUAGAACUGGAUCAGGGCAUGAUUGAGAUAGACAGCAAAAGAAAUGAGAUUGCAGAGAAUCUGGUUUUGGCUUUUAGUGUCUCUCUACUUCAUGUUCUUUGUCAGCCUAGACCUGCUGCCUGGGAACCUGGUCAACCAAUGAAAUCUGAAGAGAAACAGUAUCCAGGCCGACGGUUUACUGUGCCCUCUGAUCAGUUAGCUCUUAUUGUGGCUGCUGGAUUUCUCAUAGCCACUCCUUGUGGUUAUUUUAUACGCAAAGCCAAAGAAUCAAGAAAUUUACAUGGGGAAGUACGGGAAGAAGACCAGAUUAACAGAAUGGAUGACACUGCCAAUGUUGGAAUGUGGGGUGCCAGCACUUCAGCUGGUCCAGGUGGAUUCCGUCCAGUUGAUAAUGAACAGGAUAUUGAUAUCAUGAAAGCUGUAGUUGAAACUGACAACAUCUUUGGUAAAGCUGAUCACCGUGAUAACAGUGAUUCAUCUGAUGAUGACAGUAUUGAUAAUGAAGUCCAUGAGGAUCAGGUACAGGUGGAUUACCAUGCAUCAGCUAAUGCUCAUGAUAACAGCAUCAUUGAAGGAUUGGACAAUAUUGAUGAGGAGGAUGAAGAGGAUGUGACCGAAACAGAGAAAGAUACUGUCCAGAAUGAGGAUGCACCAGAGGAUGUGGAUUCAAUCAAUGAGUUGGAAAGGGAACUGCUAGAAGAAGAGAAGGUGGAUGAGGAUACCAGUAGUUUUGAUAACCAUGAUGAUAUAGUUGCUGCUGAUCAUUUGGAAGAUAAUGAUGUUGAUUUGGGAUAUGGUGUUGAUGCUGAUGAGGAUGUAGAUGAGAAUGAUGCUGCUGAAUCAGAAAAUGUCCUGGGAGCUGCUUCAGAAGAUUAUGGGUAUGGUGCUAGUUUUGGUGAUGAUCCUGAGAAUGGGGAUGAUAUUAAUUUUGCUGAUGUUGAUGAUUUAGGCUAUGGAGGUCAUGUUUUCAAUGAUGUUGAUCAACUUGAUGAGUUCAAUGCUUUGAAUGAAUCAUUUGGAGGGACGAUCGUGGAUGACUUUGGGGACAGUGUAUACAUGACAGCCUAUGAUGCUGAUUAUGAGACGUGGGGUUAUGGAGCUGAAACAGAGGCUGGUAAUUAUGAGGACUAUGAUUUAGGCGAUGAUUUUGUAGAGAAUAGCCACAUUGAUCAUUUUGGACAUUCCACAGAUCUUGAUACAUUAACAUUUACCAACAAUGAUGCUGUUGGCUUCAGGGAUGCUGGUGAUGGAGGAGGGGGCGGAGGUGAUUUUGGAGGAGGGGGCAGAGGUGAUUUUGGAGGAGGUGGGGGUGAUGGUGGAGGGGGUGCUGGUGGGGGUGCUAGCUGUGGUGGAUGUGGAGGCUGUGGAGGUUAA